GGGGGCGGCGCUGCCGGCGCGGCCCGGAACACGCUAGUGGAGCGGAAGAUGGCGGCGGCAGCGGCGGCUGCAGCUGGGACCCCUCUCGGGCUUAGGUGGAGGACCCGCUGGCUCUGACCUCGCUCUGGCUCUUGUCCUGCCCGACGCGCGGGGCCUCGCACACGGCAGGGGCGGCGGCGGCCACUGCGCGCCGCCUUGAGGAGCGCCCCGGCGGCGGCGCAGCUGCGGCUGAGGAAAGAACCGGCUCCGGGCCUCCGCGUUCUCCUGCUUCCCCGGCCCCCCGCCUCCUCGGGGGGGCGGCGGCGGCGAUGUUCUCUGUCCUCUCGUACGGGCGGCUGGUGGCCCGCGCCGUGCUUGGCGGGCUGUCGCAGACCGACCCCAGGGCCGGAGGCGGCGGCAGCGGCGGCAGUAGCGGUGGUGACUACGGGCUGGUGACGGCAGGCUGCGGCUUCGGCAAGGACUUCCGUAAGGGCCUUCUCAAGAAGGGCGCAUGCUACGGGGACGACGCGUGCUUCGUGGCCCGGCACCGCUCCGCCGACGUGCUCGGGGUGGCAGAUGGUGUAGGAGGAUGGAGAGACUAUGGAGUUGACCCAUCUCAAUUCUCAGGGACUUUAAUGCGAACGUGUGAACGUUUGGUAAAAGAAGGACGGUUUGUCCCAAGUAAUCCCAUUGGAAUUCUUACCACAAGCUACUGUGAGUUGCUGCAAAAUAAAGUACCUUUGCUUGGUAGCAGCACUGCCUGCAUCGUGGUGCUGGACAGAACUAGCCACCGCUUACACACAGCGAACCUGGGCGAUUCCGGCUUCCUAGUUGUCAGGGGUGGUGAAGUUGUGCAUCGAUCAGACGAGCAGCAGCAUUACUUCAACACUCCAUUCCAGCUCUCCAUCGCUCCCCCGGAAGCCGAGGGAGUCGUGUUGAGUGACAGCCCAGACGCUGCUGAUAGCACCUCUUUCGAUGUCCAGUUAGGAGACAUUAUCCUGACAGCGACAGAUGGACUCUUUGACAACAUGCCUGAUUAUAUGAUCCUUCAGGAGCUAAAGAAGUUAAAGAAUUCAAAUUAUGAGAGUAUACAACAGACUGCAAGAAGCAUUGCUGAGCAAGCUCAUGAGCUGGCCUAUGACCCGAAUUAUAUGUCACCUUUUGCACAGUUCGCAUGUGACAACGGAUUGAAUGUGAGAGGUGGGAAGCCAGACGACAUCACCGUCCUCCUCUCAAUAGUGGCAGAGUACACAGACUGACUUGCCCAGCUGUCGGCUCCUGCCCUCCCUCAUCAUCCCAGUUGUCCCUGCCAUGUGUGCUGAUCCUGCUGGCAGGACCAUGUUUCUUUGCCACUGAUCUCAAUGGCCAGUGAUGUAAGCCUUUUGCCUGUCUUUUUGAGACCCGUUGAGAUCUUUGUUGAGAACCACUACUAUCAUUCACUAGCUUGUAUCUGCCAGCAACAACUGAAGAGGUACAAGAUUUGAAGAUUGGCCUUCAUUUCUUAUGGAGAUUUUCAAAGCCUAUUACUUUUCAAAAGCAGUUGUACUGAAAAUGAGUAAUGUUGGUAAAGUGAAUUCAAAGUUACAGUGUGUUUAAGGGAUUUUAAAAGUCUUAACACAAAUCAUAUGUGAUGAUACGUCCACUAAAAAACAUACAUCAUUCAUCAAAAGAAGGUUACCCAUAUACUCCACAGGCGUUGUCUUUGUUAUGAUGAUUGGGUGUGGCAUUAUGUUUUCAUUAUAAACUCCUAUUUUCCAGGAGUUUAUAAUUCUGCUCUAAAACUGCUCUGGGUUAUAAAACUUUGAUUCCCAGAGACUUUUAGUGGAAAUUGGAAGAAAAGGUAAUUUUAGUUUUAUGGAUGCAAAUGUUCUGUGCUUUUAAAAAGAAGAUUGUGUUCCUGUGAUUAAAGUUUGGCAGUGUACUGAUGCGUCCACAUCACAGGCUAGUGGCCUGAUCUAGAGGAAGAAUUGAGGCAGGAGACAUCUUACCAAAAAUUUUUAAUGGAAAUACUGCUCAAGGUUACAAAGCUCCUCAAAGUCUAGAAUUUACUAUUAUGGCCGAAGAUUUCCCCUGCUGUCUGAAAGGGUGCACUGAGUGGGAUCUCUAGGCUCCUGGCCUGGUGGGUUGAGGACAGCUGUAGCAAACCAGUUCCCUGGCUUUUGAUGGUCUGCUGCCCAUUGUGCCCCCGACCUUCCCUUAGGAAGCUUGCUUUCCUAGAGCAUGCGCGGGAUCCACUGCAGCUACUGGCAAGCGCGAGCACACCGUGUGCAGUGGCUGCCAUACAGAGCCCACGAGGAAAACUAGUGAGGAUCUGACGUUGCAAUUACCCCAAACAGAAAUGGAGGGGUUUUUGAGUCAAGCUUAAUGUUUACAGUCUCCAAAUAGCCAUUUGCAGUGUAUAGUUUCCUUAUAAAACAACCCCGCAUUCGGUUUCCCAUUACCUGCAAGCUCAAACUUAUUUUUAAGCUUUGUGUACAAGUUGACUGCUGUAAAGAUAUAUAUUUUUGGUCAGUUUUUUCCUUCAUUAACUUGGUGGUAGAAAAAAAUAUAUAUAUACUUAGAAACCCUUAAAUUAAAGCCAUGUUUUCUAUGAGUCAGGUAACAUUGGUGUAUAGAUAAGAAUGCAAUUAAACCUGGUGAGCGUCUACUUGAGGAGAAUGCAGAAAGGCUUUUCUCUAAAGGAGAUACUGACUCCCUGGUUUAUUGCAUUAAAACUUAUGUUUGAGGUUACCUCAACUUGUUUUAAAAGAUUUUGUUUUGUGAAAUUGUACUGUAUAUUUGAGUAACUGUCGAGCUUUUGUUUUAUUUAAAAUUGUUUAACAUGUACCAUGUACAUGUCAUUACUAUAUUUCAAUGCAUCAUGCUUGUAACAGGCAUUUCAUUUAUAAUAAGAAUGAGUUAUUCAUUUGUAAGCCGUUCAGUAAUUUAUCUACUAUUCCUAAAUUGGCGUAAUGUUAGACACCUAUUUUGAAUCACCUUUAAUUACAUGUCAGAAUGCCUUAACUACCCUAACUUGACAAAACCGAAUUCUUUGGUGGAGAUGGGGGCGCAGGGCUGUGGAGGGAGAUUGUUACAGUAUGGAGAAAUCAUCACACUCUGAUCGAACACAAAGCAUGAGUGGCAAGUGAUGGGGCAUUUAUUUUGCACAAACUAUUUUCAGUCUCUGUAUAUUUAAAAAGUAAAGAAAGUUGCAUCCAGAAAGGGUUUGUUCAAAGGAAUAUAUUAAUACUAGGAUUGAUGACUUCAGCUCCAGAUCUGUAAGUACUUCCAGUCAGAGGUGUGCAGCCUGAUGAUCGGGAUAUGUUUGUAUUAGUGUUCCAAAGCCUACUUUUAAUUCCUUGUAAGAGCAGCACUGAUCAGGUUACUGGCUUUGCUCUGCUCUCAUUAGCCAUCAACCAGUCGAGACUUGAAGCUAGAUUAGUGUUUUACACGCUCAUUUAAUCAACUUUUCUGAGAAAUGAUAGAAAUCAAAACAAUGUGGUUUCCCAGUGACACUGAAAAGAAUGGGACAAGAACUGAGUUUCCCAGUGGAAUGGACUUUGGAGCAGGCCUAGAGGUUAGUGACAUAAAAUUUUCUGGUUUUUUUUUCCCCCUGUCCUUUUCGUGUUAUGCACUUAAUUUUAUUACUGCCAGGGAGCCGGCAGAGUGCUGCUUAACAAGUAACUCUCUUCCUCUCAGUGUCAGAGGCUGUGUUGGACCCAGAGUAGAAUUUUCCAAGCCACACACCCAGGCUCCUGGGGUGUGACUGCACUGUACACUCGGCGGGUCUAGUUCUGAACCCGGUGUGUGUGUCUGUGUGUGUGUUAAUUGUAUUUUAAAUCAAGCAGUGUAAGCACACACAUUUGGCUCACGUAAUGGAGUUUUUAUAACAAAAGAGAAAAUUUGGAUUUCUAAUUUACAAAUGGCAAAUUUAUCCCUCUCUGGAUGCACCAAAGACCAGUAAAGUUUAUAGCUUUUCCAUCUAUAUUUAUAAAGCAAUACUGUAUUAUAAAAUCAAUAUUUUUAUCACAUGCUUGAAAUUUUUAUUUUGUUCUGUUUUAAAAUGUGCACUCUAAACAUAUCAGAACCUUAUUUCUUCCUAUGAACUUAAGCUGCCUGCGCACAAAAACAAAAAACAAAAAAAAAUUACCAAAUGGAGGUGAAGUAAAUAAGAGUCCAUAGAGUCUCACAACUGAAAGAAGGAAUGAGGGGAAAACAUGUUAUUUGUCCUGAAUUACUGUACUGUGCCUGCGUGACACGGUUGAUGGGUUCCGCCUCACAGAAGCCAUUCCAGGUGUGCGUGUCCGGGUGGGCUGCAUUUAGGUAGAAACUUAGUCCCGAGCGAUCUUUGCGGGAGGAGCGUGCGUCCUCUCUUGUCAGCUGCGUGUUCGAGAGUGGCCCGAAGAUGGCAUCACCUUCGGUACCACCAGCCUACCUGAUAGAGUAGCAAGGCAGGAAUUGUGAGAAUUGCCUGAGUCUGUUUUGAGUGUUUUGGAAAUGGUCAAAGGGAUUGGCUAGAAUGGUGAAUGUUUGUGGCUCCUUUUCACCUUAUGCCAGCUAUCUUUGAUAGAAACUACAGCAUUCAGUUUCUCUGGAGACUGAGUCACAUUCUUGCAUUUAGCAAAUUUUACCAUACCAAAAAAGUAUCUGCUUAUAAAACAGAAAACAUGAAGCAGAAAACAUUUGGAUUGUUACAAAAUUGAACUCAACUAAAAAUGAUAUCCAUGUCAAAAAUCAGCUGUUAGCAGGUAGUUUGUGGCAAAGACGGCUACAGACAGAAGCAAAUUUCAAUCUGUGUAUACUGAUGAGCUGCUUUUUUCUGUUGAGACGAUCAUUAUUUGUCUUACCCAGUGGGCAGUUACCUGAAUUGGAUGUCAGAAAUAUUACUUAUGCAGGAAUAGUUCUGUAAAUACAUUUAAAUAAACUGUAAAGGUAUUUAAUAAAUAUAGUAUUUAUACUAA